AUGGCGUCGGAAUUGCUCACUGGUUUUCCAUUGCUGAUUCAACAGUUCAGAGCCCUUUUCAAGAAGAAUUUUUUACUCUCAUGGAGGAGCAAGAGGGCCACAUUCCCUUACUUGUUCUCCUCCCUUUUGUUCAUACUCCUCCUUUUCUGUAUCCAGAAAGCCAUUGAAGCUCGGUUUUCGACGGCCACGGCGUUCAAGGACGUUUUGGAUCCGACGGCGUCGGUGAUUUCAGCUCCGAUUCCGGCCUGUGAGGACAAGUUCUUUGUUAAAUUGCCCUGCUUCGAUUUUGCUUGGAGUGGUAAUGACAGCGAAAUCAUUUCACGCAUCGUCAAAGGGAUUAGGGAUAAUAAUCCUGGGAGGCCAAUUCCGCCAGAUAAGGUUCGAUCCUUUAAAACGAAAGAAGAAGUAGAUGGAUGGCUUCUGAAUAAUCCGAUGCAAUGCACUGGAGCUUUGCAUUUCCAGGAAAUAAAUUCUAGCGUAAUCAGUUAUGGUCUUCAGACGAAUUCCACUCCAUUAUCUAAACGAGGAAUGUUUGAAGAUCCAACAUUCAAGUUCCAAAUUCCAUUUCAGAUAGCUGUGGAGCGUGAGAUUUCCAGGCAUCUCAUUGGAUAUCCAAGCUUUAGCUGGGACAUCAGUUUCAAGGAAUUUGCACACCCUGGAAUGAAAAUGUUUUCCUCUUUAUCCACAGCUGGACCAACUUUUUUUCUUGCAAUUGCCAUGUUUGGCUUUGUCUUUCAAAUCAAUGCCCUUGUAACAGAAAAAGAACUUAAACUUCGCCAGGCCAUGACAAUGAUGGGUCUUUAUGACACUGCGUAUUGGUUAUCUUGGAUAACCUGGGAGGGGAUUAUCACACUUCUUUCAUCACUGCUGACAGUUCUUUUUGGAAUGAUGUUUCAAUUUGACCUUUUCCUUAACAACAACUUUGGGGUCAUUUUCCUUCUGUUUUUCCUUUUCCAACUCAAUAUGAUUGGAUUUGCCUUCUUCUUGUCCACAUUUGUCAGUAAGACAUCUACUUCCACGACUUUGGGUUACUAUAUCUAUAUUUUUGGUUCAGUAACUCAGGUUGUCACGGCAUUUGGAUUUCCAUAUAGUCGCGACUACCAAAGUUACUACCGUAUUAUAUGGUCUUUCUUUCCGCCAAAUCCUUUUGCUCAAGGCCUUAAAUUACUUUCUGAUGCAACUGCAACACCACGAGACCCUGGAAUUAGCUGGAGCAGGAGAUCAAAGUGUGCUCCGAAUGACAUUGACUGUGUGAUAACAAUGGAUGAUAUAUACAAGUGGCUUAUAGGAACAUUUUUGUUAUGGCUGGCAUUAGCAAUCUACUUUGAUAACAUCAUGCCCAACACAAAUGGUGUGAGAAAAUCAGUAUUUUUCUUCUUACAACCUAGUUACUGGAUGGGCAGUGGCAGGAACAAGGUUAAAGAGGGUGGAAUUUGUAGCUGCUCAGGAUCAAGUUCAAGGCUUCCUCCAGAGAGUACAACACCAGACGACGAGGAUGUUCUUGAAGAGGAAAAUAUGGUCAAACAGCAGGCUACUGAAGGUUUAUUUGAUUCAAAUCUUGCUGUACAGAUACGAGGUCUUGUGAAGACAUAUCCUGGUAAGAAAAGACCCAUUUGUUUCUGCUGCAAGAGUUCACCAGCUUACCAUGCUCUUAAGGGUUUGUGGAUCAACUUUCCAAAAGAUCAGUUGUUUUGUCUACUUGGACCUAAUGGCGCUGGAAAAACUACUGCUAUUAACUGUUUGACUGGUAUAACACCAGUAACCAGUGGAGAUGCAUUGAUCCAUGGACAUUCCAUCAGAAGUCCCAAAGGUAUGUCAAGCAUCAGAAGGAUUAUUGGAGUUUGUCCUCAGUUUGACAUUCUUUGGGAUUCAUUGUCUGGCGGUGAGCAUCUCCAUCUUUUCGCAAGUAUCAAAGGUCUUUCCCGACCUUCAAUUAAAUCGAUUGUCGAGAGAUCUUUAGAAGAGGUGAAACUAACAGAGGCGGCCAGAGUGAGAGCUAGAAGCUAUAGUGGAGGAAUGAAGCGAAGGUUAAGUGUCGCUAUAGCCCUUAUUGGUGAACCAAAGUUGAUUAUCUUAGAUGAACCGACUACUGGUAUGGAUCCAAUAUCUCGAAGGCAUGUUUGGGAUAUUAUUGAAAAUGCAAAGAAGGGGCGUGCCGUCAUUUUGACUACUCAUUCAAUGGAAGAAGCCGAUGUCUUGAGUGAUCGUAUAGGAAUUAUGGCAAAGGGAAAACUUCGGUGUCUUGGAACUUCAAUAAGGCUUAAAUCAAGGUUUGGGACUGGUUUUGUAGCUGCCAUAAGUUUUUCAGGUGCUAUACGUGGACCUACAACAGUAACAGAGGCCGUCACUGCACCACAAAUAGAAGCUGUGAAAAAAUUCUUCAAAGAUCAUUUGGAUGUGGUGCCUAAUGAGGAAAGCAGGUCUUUUCUUACCUUUGUCAUUCAGCAUGACAAGGAAAGCCUCCUGACGAAUUUCUUUGCUGAGCUUCAAGAACGAGAGAGAGAAUUUGGUAUUACAGACAUCCAGCUUGGUCUCACAACUCUUGAAGAAGUUUUUCUGAACAUUGCUAAGAAAGCAGAACUGGAAGCUGCUAUUUUUGAAGAGAGAUUUGCAUCUCUGACCCUAGAUUCUGGCAUGUCCAUUCAAGUACCAAUAGGCGCAAGGUUUGUUGGAAUCCCUGGCACUGAAAGUUCAGAAAAUCCAAGAGGUUUGAUGGUGGAAGUCUACUGGGAACAAGAUGACACGGGAGAACUCUGCAUUUCUGGUCAUUCUUUGGAAGCUCCUAUACCUCCAAAUAUUCGACAAUCAGCAACAACCGCUUCUCAUAGCCGGAGGUUUGGCCAAUCGGGACGAAUAUUUGGAUUUGUAAUUGAUCUUGAUGGAAACAGUUCCAGAGAUUCUUAG